UGCACGCGAAGAAGGCAUGGACGAAGCACCGGGGAGCAGUUCAGAGCUCGGAGCUGCCAAGGGCAGCGGGUUGUUAGUCGGGAGCUCCGGUGGGUCUGAUCGGGAGCAGGAAGCCCCGAAGACUGGGAGAUGGGAGCUCCGAAAGGACUGGCUGGCUGCCCAUCCUACGCUCACAAGGAUGACAUCACUGGAUGUUGCUGACAGCAGCCGUGUGUAUGCCGCUUUCCUAGUAUACUUGGACCUCUUAGAAGCUCGAAACUGGCAUGAAGUCUCUUAUGUCGGGCUAGCAGAAUUCCAGCUCGUGUGUCUUCGUGGGCGCGAGAGAGAAGCUGAUGAUUUGCAAGUGGUGGUGCCAGUUCCAGUCCAUGUGUCGUUCAGCCAUGACUGGUUCCAGGGGAGAUCCGGGAAAUUACAGGCCAGUCAGCCUGACGUCAAUACCGGGAUGAGACAGAUCAUGAAGAGAACGUGUACAGUGUCCGAUUCCCCGAUGUCCAUCAUGCUGGCUAUAGUUGAGUCAGAUUCAACAAUAGUCUACUAUAAGCUGACGGAUGGGUUAGUCACGCCUGACCCUCCUGACAACACAGAAGAUGCGGACAAUAAACAAUGGGGGAAAAAAAGAAAGAGGCUUUUGAGAUGAGACAGCCACAGCCGGUCUGAAAAUGUGCUAUCUGUGUGAAUGGGAAAAGGUGCCUUAGGAGUUGAACAUCUGCUUUGCAAAUCCUUGCUAAGUCCUGAGAAUUGGCAAGAUGUUGAAACACAUAUUUUGCAAUAAAAAAUGGGACAUCAAAGAG